GCGCCGGGACCCGCCGGACCUUAACCGGGGCGAACGGGCGCGCGAUGGCGGCGAGCCGCGUGGAGACCCGCCCCUGAGGCCCCGGGAGCGCGCAGCAUGUGGACGCCCGCGGGGCGCGGCCGGUGGCACGGGCGCGCGCUCAGGCUGUGGGCCGCGGCGGCCGCACGGCGGGGGCCCCCGGAGUCCGGCCCCGUGCCCACCCGGGCGGCUGCUGCCGCGGCCGGGACCCCGCGCAGCCCCGACGGCCUGGCCGACCGCAGGGAAAAAAUCGACAUGUCUAGAUUCUCUGUUGAAAAUACCAGAAAUUUCAGCAUUAUUGCGCAUGUGGAUCAUGGCAAAAGUACUUUAGCUGACCGGCUCCUGGAACUAACAGGCACAAUUGAUAAAACAAAAAAUAAUAAACAGGUUCUUGAUAAAUUGCAAGUGGAACGAGAAAGAGGAAUCACUGUUAAAGCACAGACAGCGUCUCUUUUCUAUAAUUGUGAAGGAAAGCAGUACCUUCUAAAUCUCAUCGAUACCCCGGGCCAUGUUGAUUUUAGUUACGAGGUAUCCAGGUCACUGUCUGCUUGCCAGGGCGUUUUACUUGUGGUGGAUGCAAACGAGGGUAUUCAAGCCCAAACUGUAGCAAACUUCUUUCUUGCCUUUGAAGCACAGCUGUCGGUAAUUCCAGUUAUAAACAAGAUAGAUCUGAAGAAUGCUGAUCCUGAAAGAGUGGAAAAGCAAAUUGAAAAAGUGUUUGACAUUCCAAGCAAUGAAUGUAUUAAGAUUUCUGCGAAACUUGGAACAAAUGUUGAAAGAGUUCUUCAGGCAGUCAUUGAAAGAAUACCCCCUCCCAAAGUGCAUCGCAAAAAUCCUCUGAAAGCCUUGGUAUUUGAUUCCACCUUUGACCAGUAUAGGGGUGUGAUAGCCAAUGUAGCAUUAUUUGAUGGAAUGGUUUCCAAAGGAGAUAAAAUUGUAUCUGCACAUACUAAAAAGACAUAUGAAGUUAAUGAAGUAGGAGUUCUGAAUCCUAAUGAGCAGCCAACACAUAAACUAUAUGCAGGACAGGUGGGCUAUCUGAUUGCUGGGAUGAAAGAUGUCACUGAAGCACAAAUAGGAGAUACAUUAUAUUUACAUAAACAACCAGUGGAGCCCUUGCCUGGGUUUAAAUCCGCGAAACCAAUGGUAUUUGCAGGAAUGUACCCUAUAGACCAAUCUGAAUAUAAUAAUCUGAAGAGUGCUGUAGAAAAACUGACUAUAAAUGAUUCCAGUGUGACAGUUCAUCGCGAUAGUAGCCUUGCCUUAGGUGCUGGCUGGAGGUUGGGAUUUCUUGGACUUUUGCAUAUGGAAGUUUUCAACCAGCGACUAGAGCAAGAAUAUAAUGCUUCUGUAAUUUUGACAACCCCUACUGUUCCAUAUAAAGCUGUUCUUUCAUCAGCAAAAUUGAUAAAGGAAUACAGAGAAAAGGAAAUUACUAUCAUCAAUCCUGCACAAUUCCCUGAUAAAUCAAAAGUUACAGAAUAUUUGGAGCCUGUUGUUUUGGGUACCAUCAUCACACCAGAUGAAUAUAUUGGAAAAGUAAUGAUGCUUUGCCAGGCUCGAAGAGCAGUUCAGAAGAAUAUGAUGUAUAUUGAUCAAAAUAGAGUUAUGCUUAAAUACCUCUUCCCUUUGAAUGAAAUUGUGGUGGAUUUUUAUGAUUCCUUGAAAUCCCUGUCUUCUGGAUAUGCUAGUUUUGAUUAUGAAGAUGCGGGCUACCAGACUGCAGAGCUUGUAAAAAUGGAUAUUCUACUGAAUGGAAAUAUUGUAGAGGAGCUAGUGACUAUUGUACACAAAGACAAAGCACACUCUGUUGGCAAAGUCAUAUGUGAACGUCUUAAGGAUUCUCUUCCUAGGCAGCUGUUUGAGAUAGCAGUUCAAGCUGCUAUUGGAAGUAAAAUCAUUGCAAGAGAAACUGUGAAAGCCUAUAGGAAAAACGUUUUGGCAAAAUGUUAUGGUGGUGAUAUUACCCGAAAAAUGAAACUUUUGAAGAGACAAGCAGAAGGAAAGAAAAAACUGAGGAAAAUUGGCAACAUUGAAGUUCCAAAAGAUGCUUUUAUAAAAGUCCUGAGAACACAAUCUGAUAAAUAAUUGUGGGGAAAAAAAUGAAUUUUCAUAAAUUAAAACUUGUGAAUCUUUUCAUUUUACUUAGUAAUCUAUAUGUUGACAACAGAAUGAAAAGUAUAAAAUUUGUUGGUUUCAGUAUUUUUAGGUUUAAAUAAUCAAUUAGCUCUUUGAAAAGGAAGAGGUGGCAGGAUAUGAGCUUGGCUUCUGAAACCAUAUUGCCUGGUUUUAAAUUUCUGUUCCAAUCACUCCCCAAGGUAAAUUAUUACUUUACUCCUUAGUGAAAUCAGGAUUAUACUGUAAUUUACCUCCCAAGGCUGCUGUGAAGAUUGUAUCAGGUAGUAUGUUUAAAAUACUCAGAAGAGGGCAGCCCCGGGUGGCUCAGUGGUUUAGCGCCACCUUCAGCCCAGGGCCUGAUCCUGGAGACCAGGGAUCAAGUCCCACGUCGUCGGGAUUCCUGUGUGGAGCUUGUUUCUCCCUCUGCCUGUGUCUCUGCCCCCCCCUCCCCCGUCUCUCUCUGUGUCUCUCAUGGAUAAAUAAAAUCUUUAAAAAAAAUAAAUAAAAUACUCUGAAGAGUGUAUGACACAAUAGUAAGUGCUGAGUGAAUUUUAACUAUUUUGUUUUCACGCAUAUUUUUUCUUACACUAAGAGGCUCAGCAUACUUAAGAUUCUAUCUAGUUCAAGCCUAAGAUAAAGUAUUUUCAAAAUCAUCUUAAGUAUCAGUUUGUUGUUAGCUGGAUAAAAUCAGAUUUAUAGGGAGUCAGUGAUUUUUUUUUUUUAAAGAUUUUAUUCCGGAGAGACAGAGAGAGGCACUCCCGGGCUGAUCACGUGCUGGGCUGAAGGCAGACGCUCAAACACUGAGCCCCCCAGGUGCCUCACGAGUCAGUUAUUAAAGUCAAAUACCAUACUAGCUGGACAUGUGCUGUCUAGUUUUUGUUUAAUUUUUUAUAAAUGUCUGAAAGAGUUUAUUAUAUUCACAUCUAAAUUAAGGAUAGGGGCUGUCUUAAUUUUGAUAAUUAAGGUACAUUUGGUGCAAAGUGAUAGGUGUCUGGUAUUAGCAGCAGCUGUUAUUAAUGGCAGUUUAAUAAUUAUUUCCAGAUGUUGUAAUUGAGACUGAGCUUUAAGUAUUAAGCUACUUGAUAUCACACAGCCCAUAAAUGGCUGUCAUGUUUCAAAGCAUGUAUGUACUCUUCACUCCAUUCACCCGGUUAGUGAACAAACCAGAUGGCAGGUUGUAUUACCAGAAGAUACGUAAUUUAGCCAUUGAAUUUUGUCCUCUACCUUGAAUGAAUUAAGUAAAUGUCUUUUAGAGAUAAGAUUAUCAAUGCAUUUUUAAAAAAUAUUUAUUUGUGAGAGACACAGGCAGAGGGAGAAGCAGGCUCUGUACAGGGAGCCGGAUGUGGGACUCGAUCCCAGGUCCCUGGGACCACAGCCUGAGCCGACGGCAGAUGCUCAAUCCCUGAGCUGCCCAGGCUUCCCUACAAUGCAUUUUAUACAAAGGUAAUUACAUUGUGAAUAUUGUAACUAUAAGAUAGUGGGAUUUACUUAAAAUUGUGUACAGAAGGGGCUCCUGAGUGGUGGUUAAGUGGUGAAGUGUCUGCCUUCAGCUCAGGUCAUGAUCCCAGGACCCCGGGAUCGAGCCCCACGUCAGGCUCCCUGAGCCUGCUUCGCCCUCUCCCUGCCGCUCCCCCUGCUUGUGCACGUGCUGUGUCAAAUAAGUAAAUAAAAUCUUUGAAAAAAAUUGUGUUAACCCUGAUUUCAUCCUACCUCUGAUCUCAGGUACCUUCCCUAUCCCCCCUAGCUGUAAUAGAUAAAAUAGGAGAUUUCAUAACAAUAUUUGUAUUUUGUAUUACAAAAUACAAUAUUGUAUUUGUAUUUUGUGUGGUAUAUUUGAAACCAGAAGAGCAUUUACAGAUCACGUCUAAGACAGGAUGUUCUGUGACUGUCAGGAGAGGGUUGUAAGUUGGUACCUGGUACUAAGUAUGCACCACGUUUCUGCUGUUAAGCUCUGUGCUCUAUUAGCGUGUGUAGAAUUGGGACAGAUUUAGUUCUCUUUCCUUUAUCCUGACUUUGUAGGAAGCAGUUUUACUUGUAGUGAUAAAUGUAGUUUUCAGAUUUUGUAGUAGGAGUUUAAGUUCUCCCCCUGAACCACGCUCCCAGACAGAUGAUUUUCAUGAUUUAGAGUUGUGUGCUAAGUAUACUCCCCGAGGACCAAUACUAAGACUUUUGCCAACACUACAGUAAUUUACACGAGGACCUGAGUAGCCACCACUUCUGGGGUGUAUACCACGUGACAGCCGCCGACCUGAGCUCCCAGGCGUCAAGGUACCACCACCAUCUGUCACCUGGGCGGGCAGCACAGACUUUAGACCUGGCCAGUGCCAGUUACUGACAAAGCUGGGAUUCGCUGUUUUUAAUCCAAACCGUACCCGUACUUAGCCACCAGGCUUCAUUGCCGUGUGGAAAUCCAGUAGCCUCUGAGCUAGGGAGCUAGCGUGGCUGGAGAUCAGUUUGCCCAGGAGCUUGGGCACUUGGACCUACAACUCAACUAGCCCCCUGACAUGAAGGUUAGUGAUGGGAAAUCUGCUAAACUGUGUUUGAGCUAGCACAUUUAAAGCACAGAAAUACAGUGAAUCAUGCACCAAAAGUUAUGUUUAGCAUUUUCAGGAUCACACUGUGACUUCCUAAGAUGAACAGGGCAUUGCCCAGUAGCCAGUUCUUUAUUACCAGCUGUGUGACUGGAAGACGAUAUGACUUAAUAGUCAUUUAAAGACCAUUUAUAACCAGGCAAUUAGAACUACAUUAUUUGGAAUUAAAGGAACAUUUUAUACCAACAGUUUCAUUUUUAAUUUUUAUUUGUUAUUUAAAUAUGUCAAGGAACUUAAUUGUAAAUACAUUUCAAUCACAUUUCAGUUAAAGUAAUGCUUCUGGAUGGGCUUGUAAGAUGCAAAAUAUGCUGAAGGGAGAGUAUUUUUACUCCCCAAGGAGUGUCUAAGAAACCAUAGGUAAAAUUAUUGUCUUUUUAACUUAUAUCUCCUAAAUGCAUGAUGGCAACAAAGUAAAUGCAAAAUCAAUACUACUAAUGUUGGAAUAUCUCAGAUACAUGUAUUCGUUUUUACUUCUGGAAAUAAAAUUUAGGUAACAUUUGUUUAUUAUAAGCUUUAUUUGAGUUAAAGAUAGAAAACAAUAUACUCUUAUUUGCAAUUUAAUGAUGCAAGUUGUUAAUGGCAAAGUUUACAGUAAUUCCUUUUAUAUAUACUUCAUGUAAUCCUUUUAGACAUAAGGAAUAAAGCUAAUCAUUUAUGAAGUAACAAUAAUCAGAAAAUUGUCUUCAAAAGAAUUUAAGUGUGUUGCUAGGUAUAAAGUUCAUAACUGCCAAAAUACUUAUAUUAAAAGCAUGAACCCAAGUCAUUAAAUAAAAAAUAAAAGCACAUUUGUAAAAAAGUGCUAUAGAAGAAGGUGGUGCACAAAAAUCAUGCACUUAUACAGACUUUCCCAAAGGACGUAAACUGUACUUUUAGGCACUGUCCUCUCUUCAGAUUUUCUGUUCCAACAAUAUCUAGCAGGACUUUUGAUGUCCAGAUGCUACUGCAGAAAGAUGACUAAGGCAACCACGUGCAGAAAAGCUUGUGUGUAAUGUACAGAAAAUACAAAGAUUACAUUCCAAAAGUAAAGGUCUGCAAUGAUUGUUAAGAUAUCUGAAAGGCUUGGAGUGUCUUAAUGUAAUUAAAAAAUAAAACUCUGAGAAAGCCACCGGAUUCAUACGAACGAUAUUUGAUGUGUAGAUUCUUCGUAUGUAAAAUGACUUGAAAUCUUUUAAACAUUUCAUUUCUGUGAUGUUUUACAGAGUGGCUCUGUGGCUUCUGUACUUUAUAAUAAACAGCUGUUUGUGAGAGCCAACUAUUUCUCCUAAAUCUUAGUAUAAAAUGGACACAUUCUAAAUAUGGAAUGUUUAACAGAUAUUGGACUUCAAAAAUGAUGAUCUUCAAAAAAUUCCCAUGUUUUAGCAUAUUGCAUAGCUGAAAAUUCAUCUACUACUUAUAAAAGUGUUCUGUUCAUUCAA